GGCGCAAACGACGCAGCGCCAGAGCAGUCACCCACCGCACACGCCGCGACGCGCACACCGACAUGAGCGACUCUAAGCAAUUCACCCGAAAAGAGAUCUCAUCUCGAAACUCUAAAAAUGACGCGGUCGUCAUAAUAGACAACCAAGUAUACGACCUCACGCCGUUCCUAGACGACCACCCCGGCGGCCACGAGGUUCUGCUAAACGUGGUCGGCAAAGACGCCAGCGAGGACUUCGAAGACGUUGGCCACAGCAUCGACGCUAAGGAGCUCAUGAAGAAGUACCUCAUCGGCCAGAUCGUCGCCGAGGAGAGGAUCGAGAUUAAGAAGAAGACUUUCACUUGGGACGACAAAAGCAGCCCCUCCACCGACACUGAGAACAGCAGCUUCAUCAAUACGUGGAAGUUCCCCGUGCUGAUGGGGCUCCUCAUGACGCUCCUCUACACCUACCUGUUCGCGUAACGUUCCGUUCGCUUCGGGACUAAAGGACUGAUAGAAGAUGUUAGCGUCCGAGUGUGCCGUUUACUUGUUAGUGUUUAGAGCUGUGAAGUGUUCGAGUGCUGCAAUUUUGCGAAGCGCGGUGCUUCUGGAAAUUAUCUUCGGGUUAUGUGCUUUACUGUUAUAGGGUUAUUUAAUUAUUUUGAGCUAAUUUUAAGAAUAGUAUGUUAUGUAUUUUAUGUUAAUAUUUACCUUUUGUACAUUCCUAUGAUUUUGAUACCCUUAAGGAAAAAAAAUGUUUAUGACGCAUAAUUUGUAUGUAUAUCAUUCUUUAUUUGGAUCGUUGUUGAAAUAAAAUUACAUAAAUUGUA